CACAGAUGGAGACGUGAAGGCUGUCCUUCUUCUCCACGGGUUUUGAAGCGAAGGAGCGCUGAGGUUUCCCUUGGCCAAAACGUCAACACCACAAAGGACUCGGGAACCCGAGCGUGGGGGGCAGUGGAGAGGAGGAGCACCUGAUGCAGGCUUUGGGAUGGGAGCCAUUGAGCAAAGCAAACAGGCAGCGGUAGAGAGACAUGGCAGAGGGAAUGGGGUCUUUGGUGGCAACGAGUUGGCUUCCCGAUGUGAGCCUAAGCCAUGCCUCGUAAAGAAGCCAAAGGAUACGAUGAACAGGCGGCACAUUCCAGCAUUCGGGAAGUGGGACUACUCUGAUGAUCUACCCAUCACGCAGUACUUCGAGUCUGCGGUGCAGGCUGGCUUAGUCCCAGGCCAAUUCCUUGGAGAAGAUGCUCAUCUGUUCAAGGUGCCACCAGUAGGCCCAGAGAAACCAGCUCAUCACCACCAACAGCAGCAGAGAAAGAAAGGAGAGAAGCAGCAUCGGAACGGGCAAGAGAGAAAGCAAGCAGGGGAGGAGUGUGACACCACCGCAAGGAGGCUGAGAGCUCCCAAGGCUGUGGACGAGGACUUGUACAAGAUCCCACCUGAGCUCCUCUGCCGGAAGCCCAAGAGGAAGAAGUUGCUGAGGAGCUUGUGGUCAGGAUGCCUGGGACUCAACUGCAUUGCGUGAGAGAGCAGUAAUGAAGACUUGCAGGGCAAGUGGGAGCUGUAGAGUCUGCAAUCCUGUGGCGUGGUGCGGUCUUUGAUGCUAGCGAGCGUUCGUCACUUUGGGAGCUGCGCACGGUGGAGGGACGUGUUUGACGAUGGAGUAGUUCGAAACGUCUCCAAAAGGCUACGGUGCUGCUGCGUCGUGGAGUCCUUCUUCCCACGCUUUCUUUGCUUUCGAGUUAUACCCUCUAAAUGUUUGUGCCUACACCCAUCCACUUUUUCGACGCAAUCCACCGAAUCAUGUCUACAUUAUAAAUUGUCUCUUAAUUAUUUAUAUUAAUGAAAUAGGUGAUGUUUAAGGUGGCACAGUUCA